CCUUUCUCUCUCUCUCUCAAAGCCAUAAAAGAAUACGUCCAACUUGCAUUCUCCAAGCUUGGACUUACUACUAUAUAACCCUAAUCACAUCCCAAACCCAAACCCCUCCCCAGAAAAUCUCUCAUUUCUUCAUCUUCAUCUUCAAAACCCUUUCUAAUAACACCACUCAAACUAUAACAAGACAAGAUCCAUCAAAUCUUAUCAUUACUUCUUUUCUUUUAAUUAUUUUUCUGUAUUAUACAAUUAGUAUAAAAAAAAAAAAUGCCUCCAAAUCCACCAAAGUCUUCUCUUCUCCUCCACAGGAUCAACCACACCACCACUACGACCAUCACCAACCACCACGACCUCCACUGCGAAAACAACACCCUCUUCAUCAACCCUGUGACCAGCACCAUUCCUAACACUAUAGCCCACUAUCACACACACUCCAUAUCAUCCGACCAAUUAUGCUCGGCGGUCGUCCAAGAGACAACCGCCUCCAUCACAGCCGUUUGGUCAGUGGUUCGCCGCUUCGACAAACCACAAGCCUACAAAAAUUUCAUCAAGAGUUGUAACCUCGUUGGUGGCAACGGUGAUGUGGGAACACUCAGGGAGGUCAACCUUAUAUCUGGCCUCCCUGCUGCCCGCAGCACCGAACGCCUUGAGAUCCUCGAUGAGGAGCGCCAUGUCAUCAGUUUUAGUGUUGUUGGUGGUGAUCACAAGCUUGCUAACUACCGUUCCGUUACUACACUCCAUCCCUCCGCCGAGGGUGACGGUUCCGGCACGGUGAUAGUUGAGUCAUAUGUGGUGGAUAUUCCGUCGGAAAAUACCAAAGAGGAUACACACGUGUUUGUUGAUACAAUUGUUCGGUGUAACCUUCAGUCACUUGCACAAACCGCAGAAAACAUUAACAACAAGUGUUGUUCCUGAUUUUUUUUUUGUUUCACAUUGUAUAAUUUUAUAAUAUAAUUUUCUUGGUAAUUUUGUUAAUUAAGUAUUGUGUAUAUUGUGAUUAUUAUUACUAGAUUGUGUAAUGCAUGAGUUGGUAAAUUGCAUGAUCAAGUUUUCUUACUUA